ACAGCAGGCCAUGCAGCGCUAGACCCAGCUGGGCCCGCCGUAUAAAUGCGCUAGUGGAGGUGCACGGACGCUCAGUACUCUCAGCCAGUGCACCGCGGCCGUGCGCGAACAAGGAUAACGGCGACCACAAUGCGUUUGAUGGUGGCGGUGCUGGUGGCGGCCGGGUGCGCCGCCGCCGCUCGCUUGGACAACACGUACCUGCCCCCGAGGGGCGGCUCCGGGGCCGGCGGCGGCGCGGGUCUGCAGACGCCCUUCGGAGGCGGAGGCGGAGGCGGCGGGGGAGGAAGACCUGGUGGACCUGGAGGUCCCGGAGGCCCAAGCGGCGGCGGUGGCGGUGGCGGUGGCAGGCCCGCUCCUUCGUACGGCGCUCCCAGCGGCGGUGGCGGCGGCGGCUUCGGCGGCGGCCCUAGUGGCGGCGGCGGCGGAGGAGGCUACGGCGGCGCCCCCGGUGGUGGCGGCGGUGGAGGCUUCGGAGGCGGCCCCAGCGGCGGCGGCGGCGGGUUUGGCGGCGGCGGUGGUCCUUCUGGAGGUGGAGGCUUCGGGGGCGGCGCUGGCGGCUCUGGCGGCGGCGGUGGCGGCGGCGGCAAGCAGAUCGCCAUCAUUAAGCAGACCAACGUGAAUAACGGCGACGGCACCUAUUCGUGGAGCUACGAAACGGAGAAUGGCAUCCAGGCCGAGGAGCAGGGUGAGCUGAAGCCUGGCGGCGACGAGGGCAUCCAGAGCGCCAAGGGGUCCUUCUCGUACACCUCCCCUGAGGGCCAGCGCAUUGAGCUGACUUACACCGCCGACGAGAACGGCUUCGUGCCCCAAGGCGCCCACCUGCCCACGCCACCACCCAUCCCCGAGGCCAUUCAGAAGGCCCUGGCCGCCAACGCCGCCGAGGAGGCUAGUGGAGGCGGUGGCGGAGGCGGACCUGGAGGUUACGGAGGUGGCAGCGGAGGCGGCGGAAACGGCGGAGGCGGCGGUGGAUACGGAGGCGGCCCCAGUGGACCAAGCGGCGGUGGCGGCGGCGGCGGGUACGGAGGCGGCCCCAGCGGACCUAGCGGCGGAGGCGGCGGCAGAGGAGGCGGUGGUGGCGGAUACGGAGGCGGCCCCAGUGGACCUAGCGGUGGCGGCGGCGGCAGAGGAGGCGGUGGUGGCGGAGGUGGUCCUGGAGGUUACUCUGGUGGCGGCGGAGGCGGCCGAGGGGGUGGCGGCGGUGGCAGCGGAGGCGGCGGCAACGCUGGCGGCGGCGGAGGGUAUGCUGCCAAUGGUGGGUACCAGUACUAGACGAAGAAAGAAAGACAAAUAACUUUUUGUGAUUUAAAAAUGUUACCAUAGAGAUGUAUUGAGUCGAUAUGUUUUGUAUAUUUAUUCCGAUACACUACUACUGUAAUAUUUCUAUAUUUUUCCCUGUACAAUUUUCACCCCUAAAGUCAUAAUUUUAAGAGAUUGUCAUGUUGUGUGUGUGUGAGUGUGUGUGAGUGUUCCGUGUACAUUUUUUGUUAUGUCAUUAAUAAAGAGACGACCGCUGGAAGCGGAAAACGUAA